CAGGUACCGCCGCGUCCCGCGGGGACUCGGGGGGGUCCGUGGGGGCCGGGCGGGGGUCCCGCAUCCCCCUUUUGUUGCGUGUCCACCCCCCCGCUUUGCUGCCGCGGCCGGCGCCGGUGCGGGACCAUGAAGGUGAAGGUGAUCUCGGUGCUGGAGGACAACUACAUGUACCUGGUGAUCGAGGAGAGCACCCGCGACGCCGUCGCCGUGGACGCCGCGGUCCCCAAAAGGCUGCUGGAGAUCAUCAGGAAGGAGGACGUGGUGCUCAGGGCCAUCCUCACCACCCACCACCACUGGGACCACGCGAGGGGCAACGAGGAGCUGGCGCGGCUGUGCCCGGGGCUGAGGGUGUUCGGGGCCGACCAGCGCAUCGGGGCCCUCACGGACACGGUGACACACGGCCAGGAGCUCACGUUCGGGGCCAUCCGGGUGAGGUGCCUCUUCACCCCCUGCCACACCUCAGGCCACAUGUGCUACUUCAUGUGGGAGGACGAUUCCCCGGAUGCUCCCGCCCUCUUCUCAGGUGACACCCUGUUCGUGGGAGGCUGUGGGCAGUUCUUCGAGGGGACAGCGGAGCAGAUGUACACGAACCUCACCCAGAUCCUGGGGGCUCUGCCCAAGGACACGAAGGUGUUCUGUGGCCACGAAUGCACCGUCCGGAACCUCAAAUUCGCCCUGAAAGUGGAGCCAGAGAAUGAAAUGGUGAAGGAGAAACUUGCCUGGGCCAGGCGGGAUGACGAGGACCUGCCCACGGUGCCCUCGACGCUGCAGGAGGAGUUUCUCUACAACCCUUUCCUGAGGGUCAUGGAGGAGCCCGUGCAGAGGUUCACGGGCCAGACGGACCCUGUGGAGGUGCUGAGGACGCUCCGCACCGAGAGGGACAACUUCAAGAAGCCCAAGGAGAGGCCCAACCCCCCGGCCAUGCUGGCCUUCGACUGGGGGCUCUUCAGCCCCUUCCUGGAGAAGCAGUGACAUCCCUGCCGUGCUGGGGGUCCCUCCUGGCUGUGCCCAGCCUGGACUCGCUCCCAGUUGGGAACUGGUGUUUGUCCUUAACCUGCUCGUCCGAGGCCACUCCGCUCUGCUCUGCUCUGCUCUCCCUCCGGCUCCGUGUCCGGCUCCCAGGGCAGUCCCAGGGGAGCAGGAGCACGUGGGUGCCUUGGGAGAGCCCAGGCUGUGGUGACCCCCCUGCUGCGCUGGGGCUGCUGCUGGCGGAGGGCCUGGAGAUGUUUUUGGAGAUAGGAGAUUCCCACUCUCCCAGUGCUGGGAUCAGGGUGGGAGCUGCCGCCAGUCCCGCAGCCCCAUUCCCACGGAAGGGAGCUAAGGAAAAGCACGAAAAGGGGGGGAUGCUCAGGGACUGUGGUGCUGUAACCCACCAGGCUGUCAGGCUCUCCUGCCUGUCCUGCCAGCCCUGGGGGCUGCACCCCAUUCCCAGGGGAUUCUCUGAAGCAGCCACGUGGCUCCGGAGCCCCUGGGCCCCUCCCAGGCCCGGGAUGGGCAGGAUGAGGCACAGACACUUGGAGACCCAAGGGAAGCUGGGAGGUGUCUGGUGUCACUGGUGUCCAUGGUACCCACCCAGCUCCACCCUGCACUGACAGACACCCUCAGCACAGCGGGGUUUUGGUGGGGUUUUCCCGUUUUUCCCUAUUUUUCUAGUGGAUAACACUGUGUAGGGCUUUGUAACAGUUGCUGCCUUCAGGAGCCAUUGGAACCCCUCAGCCCACGUGGGGUGUGCUCAGUGGAGCCCAGGAAUGCCCCAACCCACUGGCUUUGGGAGAUGCUUUCCAAGGUGUGACAGAUUUUAGGCUGCCACACAUCCAUUGCUUUUUUCUUCCAAGAUAAAAACCUGUAAAACACUCGGCUGCAACCACACGGACAUUGCCUUGCCUUCACACCAGGGGCCAGGGGACAGCUCCCAGGCCUCCUCAGCCUCCCUUUGUGCAACAUCAGGGCGGUAUUUGAGCUUCUUUUUUAGGUCUGAGAAAUGUGCAGAGUUUUAUUUGCAGCUGGGGGGAGGCACAUUGGACUAGUAAAGCAAUUUUUGUGGAGAAAACUGGGCUUUGAUGGCAGCUCCCAGCGCUGCAAUACAGUUGAUUUCAGGGUCUUUCAUGUGUGGACUGUGAACUGGAGUUUGGGUUGUGGUUGUUCCUUCCCCGGCUGCAAACUAGGCUGAGGUUUUAUUUUUUGCCUUUUAUUAAUAGUUUAGAUUUACUCUCCCUUGUGGGAGGGGAAGGAUUAAUCUGCUGCUUGAGCUGCCUCAGUACUGCUGCCUGAGUUCCUCAGUUCACGGGGAAUGGUGGAGUUGUAGAUGUACCCGGGUGUUCCUCGGGAAUUUGGUUUGUCCUGGGAGCAGGGAUGCACCCGUGUGUGCUCAGGGAGGGUCUCUGAGCUGUCCCUGAGCUCACGGGGCCACAGCUCAAGGGCUGGGAGAAAUUCCAGCUGCUCCUGGUGCCAUGGCAGGAACACCCCCCUGGAACACCCCCCUGGAACACUCAGGAACAGGAACCUGGGGGUGUUCUGGGUGACUUUUGUGAUCUGUGUGUUGGCAACCUGGGAACUGGAGAGGAGACAAAGUGUAGAGCCCUGAUUACUUAAUUUACAGCUAAUUGUGCUUAAUUUAUUGUGCAUUUCUGGCCUGAUGUGCAUGUGCUCAGCAGACACAGUUUCCUCUGCACUCCCAGCACUCCAGGCUGGCUCUGUGGGAGCACUGGCACCUCUCCCUGGCCAUGGAAUUUUAUGGUUUAGCCAAACCCUGGGUGUUAUGAAUCCCUGAAACCACCAACUUGCUCGUCAGGAGGGUGGGGAGGGGGAGGCAGUGGGAGAUUCUUGCCUUAGAACACUGUGAACUCACUGACUGAUCAACACCUGAAAAAUGUAAAGCUUUUAAUUAAAACCAUUAAAAAUGUAA